ACCAAAAAAAAAAAAAAAAAAAGAGAGAGCCAAAAACAAAAACAAAACAAAAACAAAAACAAAAAAACAGUUUUGUCUUCCACAACUGAUCUUAAGCUCGGAAGAAGUGGAGUUAAAUGGCCAAUGAGCUCUCAUGGGCCCCCUUACCUUCUAACACACUAGCCCAUGGGAUACCUUCAAGUAGGCUCUCCUGAAGUCCAGGGUAGCACUCCUACGUAUUGCUUUGAUUCUUCCACACAAGAUCUUGAACGCCACUACCUCAUGAUCGCUGCAUCCCAACCUGCCCCCAGCCUUCUCACCCCCUACCAGCCCUUCCUCGCUGCUAAAAACAAGGUCAAGUAGCACACCCCUCCACAUCAGAUCCCCCACCACCUGCGUCAGAAAGUAAUCACCAAUACACUGCAGGAACUGCCUGGACCUUGUGUGCCUGGCUUUGUUACUUUGCCAACUAAUAUCAGGAUGGUUGAAGUCCCCCAUAGGAACGAGUGCUGGGGGUGGCAAGGCUACUUCCAGCUGUUUGUAAAAGGCCUCAUCCACUUCCUCCUCCUGAUCAGGUGGCCUGUAGCACACACCCGCAACAGUGUCACCUAUGUAAGCCCACCCCUUAAUUCUUACCCACAAGCUAUCCACUUCUUCAUCAUCCUCCCCCCCACAGUGGAGCUCAAUGCAUUCUAGCAGUUUCUCACAUAAAGAGCAAGUCCACCACCUCACCUUGUCUUGCCACCCACAACAGCAUGCCACUUGUGUGAGCUGUCCCACCGUGUCUCUGGGAUUGCAAUGAGAUCACAUCCUUGUAAGCACGCACGGAUCUCUAGUUCUUUCCGUUUAUUCCCCAUGUGGUGUGCAUUGCUAUACGGGCACUGUAGGGAAGCAGAGGGUGCAGGUAUCUCUAGAGGGAUGCAGGAAGGUUUAAGCCGGGCUCUUGGCAAUGUUAUUUUCUCUGAAGAGUCCUCGCAACUACUGCAAUCCUACUGGACAACUGGGAGGUUUUUCUGCACAGUUUUCUGCAAAGUUUACAUUCUCUGUGAGGUCACGCUCCUCGCUGUGAUGUCACAGUGGCUGCCUCUUCCACCCCUGUGGCAGCGGUGGGAGCGGUGGCUCAGUCUCUUGCGAGAGGCGCAGGAAGAGGACCCAGAGAGAGCAUUGUGUCUAUCUGGAGAUUUCCUGCUGUGAUGGAGCGGCUGAGAGCCCUUCGAGGUCUCUUUGCCUGUGUGGGCUGCAUGCCCAGAGGUACACGUCGCAGGGCCAGAGGCAGGGUGGCAAGCCCUGUCCCCGCCUGUGCCGUGACUUUGCUGCUGCAGCGCCUGCAAGACAAGGAGGGUGACCGAGCGCAGGCGUACUGCGAGCUGGAGCACGUCCUGCGGGAAGGUGACAGCCGCCCGCCGUGCGGAGUGGUGAACCGGCUGCUGGCUGAGGUGUCCCAGGACCUGACGGCAGCCCAGGGCGUGCCUGACAGCGUGAGGAUGGCUGCCAGCGAUGUCCUGGUGGCUCUGGCCCGGACACACUUCAGCUUGGUGAUGGCCGAGCUCCAGGGCCACCUGAAGGCCGUGGGGGAGAUGUCCAAGGAGUUUGUGCUCGUCACCCUGGGCAAGCUGUUCACCAGCUACGCUCCACAGUGCAUCCCCUUCGUGUGGCUGAUGCUGGCCGGCCUGCGCAGUGUGGUGGGCUGGGUGAGAGACGGCAGGACCCUGCGCAUUGCUUGUGCUGUUGUGAAACAGUGGCUGGAAGGAGUCAAGGUUCACUUGUGCUCUGGAAAGCAAUGCCCCUGGCCUGCCAGGGAGAUGGAGCAGAUCUACCAGAAUCUUUCCCAGCUCUUCUUCUCCGUGCUGAGGAACUGGCAGGACUGCAAGGAGGAAAAGGACAAACAGGCGGUCCUCGGGGCUGUGGCCGCCAUGAUGGCUGUCCUCCUUCAAGAAGAGCUGUGCCGAGAGCACGUUUGGGAGCAGCUCCUCUGGCUCGUGCACCCGUAUCAGGAGGUCCAAGACACCUGCAGGGUGACCAAGAGCCUCAUUGUCUUCCUGGAGGCCUUAGAGGGAGUUCAAUCUGUCAUCCCUAAGGACAAGUUUCUGGCCAUCACCAGCGCCGUGUUCUACCAGCUCUCCGAUGACACCAAGGAGCACAGCGAGGCGGACAGAGCAGAGCUGACCCACUGCAUCCUGCUGCAGGCCCGGAUCUGCCCAGAGGAAACGGUCCAGUUUCUGCAGUCACAGCUGGGCGCUGACAGGGAGGCUGGAUGCGUGGCAGCCCUGGGUCUGCUCGCUGCUCUGGCUCGCUCUGAUGAGCCCAUGAUGACAGAGAAGCUGCCCCAGGUUGUGGAGGCUGUGCAGUGUCUGCGCAGCGACCCCAGGAUCCAGGUGAGGAGGGCCGUUCUGCACUUCAUCAAGGAUGUGCUCAGUGCUAACGCCCGGAGCUGCUCAGCCUGGGAUGUGGUGGGGCACAUCUUCAGUGAGUUCAGCCGCACCACGGGAAGAAGGGCAGCCGGAGACCUUUCUGCCCAGGAAGCCCAGGAAGAAGGAGCUCUCCAAGAGCUGUGUAUGGACAUCCUGGGGUCACUGGAUGUCUCUGCGAGCGGGAUGACCAAACUCCUGUGGCCACGGCUGCUGCUGUACGUGGUGCCAGCCCAGUACACCGGCAUGCUGAUCCCGGUCUCCCGCUGUGUCCAAGCGCUGGCUGAGAGAGGGGACCUGAUGGUGCGGGAGAUAGAAGACCUGGAUCCCCAUUUCCUCAGCUCCAUGUUUCAAGGCCCACUGCUGACUCCCCAGACACUGAUGGCACGCCUGUUGGUGGUGGCGGGGAGCCCUUUUGCAGGCAGCAAACUGCAAGCCGCUGCCUUGCUCCUCAUGCUGAACCUCCACAGCAAAAUCCACAGAGCUGUGGGGGCCAUGUGGGCCGCUGAGAUCCCCCUGCUGCUGCAGUGCCUCCAAGGGAAAGAUGAGAGCUUCCCGGACUCUGCAGAGUGGGAGCAGCGCCUCCUAGAGUUCCUGAGGGCGUCAUUGGAUACCAUGGAGGAUGAGGCCUGGACCAAGGGCCUGAGCUGCGAGCUGAGCCGGUGGCUGAGCAGCUCUCCCAGCAGCUCUGGAGAAAAGUCCUUCCUGUACAAGGCUCUGGGGACAGUGCUGGGAGCUUGUAAGGAAGUCCUCCACAUCCAAGAGAAGCUCCUGCAACACCUGGAGGAAGCAAAUGCAGAGGAGCCUUCUGAGGCCCAGGGAAUGAUCUCUCUUCUCAGCCAUGCUGCUGAGAGCAACUUCCACACAGUCCUGGACACACUCACCAUGUUUGCGUCCAGGCUGUGCAAAGGCCAGAAGGGAAGGAUUUCCAGACGCAAGAAGAUGGAGCUGGACAGCAGAAGAGCUCAGGCCACCCGCAGCGCUCUCAUCCUCGCCCACGGCAGCUUGGCACUGCGUGCCUCCAAGGAACAGCUGCUCGCCCGCCUGGAGGGAGACAUCGUGGGCAACAUCCUGCUGCUCUACAGCUGCAGCUGCCGGCCCUUGGCCCUUCCCGCAGUUGAAAGAAUGUUCUUCUCUCUUGGGCCUCAGGACCUGCAGAACACGCUUGCGCUGCUGCAGAGCAUCACGGACUUCAGCUCUGCCUUCCAAGCAGCGGGUGACUCUGCCUGCUUUAACCCCUCCUUGAAGGGCAAGCUGCUGGAGAUCCUGACGGACUUGCUGAAGAAGUAUUACUUGGGCACCCCAGUCUCCCCAGUGCCCCUCAAGGUGGUUCUGGCCCUGGAGCAGUUGAGCAAGCUGAAGCCUUCUUUAGGAGGCAAAGACAUGUGUGACCUGCUGAUUCUGUGCUGCAAGAUUAUUGUGACACACCCUUCAGCGGAGAUGAUGCUGAAGAUCAGGAAGUCACAGCAAGCAGCUCGGUACCUGCAGCUUCUGCAAACGUCACUGAAAGCUCUGGGCCGGCUCAUGGUGGUCCUGCUCGAGACAGAGACCACCAGUGGCUUCUUCCAGAACACAGUCCAUAGAUCAAUGACGUCAGGCAACAUGUGGGAGCGCAAGAGGGCCCUGCAGACGUGCUCCCAGCUGCUGGCUGCUUGUGAAGAGCGUGGAAGAGGAGAUGCCUGCAAGCACUUUGGCUCCUUGGUGGGAUUGCUGGCGCCUCUGACGUGUGACCCCAUGCCCACCUCCCGCCAGUUGGCUGUCACCUGUCUGAGCUCCCUUCUCCGAAUCCAAGCCAAGGCGACCAACAGAGUCAUCCAGACAGGAGACAUCGGGAGCCUGUGUGAGGGGCUGAAUGACCGCAGCACCGUCUGUCAGCUCCAGACCUCGUCCAAAAUCGCGCGGAUUGUGUGCAGAAGCUUCUCCCUGGAACACACCAUAGAUUUCAUGAUGGCCGUCAAGGACACCUUCCGGAAGGCCAAAGGAAUGCGUGUGCGUGCUGCUGGGAAGUGGAUGAUCACCUUUCUGCAGAUGCACGGAAAGGACAUCUGUCGGGAUCUUGACCUUUCACCGAUCGUCUACAUCCUGCGCAGCUGCACGUCGUCCCUGCAGCACAGCACGAACAUGCCAUUCCUGUGCCAGGCGGCGGCCAUCCUCACCCGCUGUCACGCAGACGUCACAAUUGACAGCUUCUUCCACAGGCGUUGAGCCCACAGACAGCGAGACAUGGAAGAGAAUAAGAGAGCUUUCUCUUCAAUGGUGCAGCAGGGAGAAGAAGAAAAAAAAGAAGA